GCAAACACCCAUUUUCUCGAACCUCCCGCUUCGUCUCAGCCCUGAUGUAGGAUCCGUACCAAUGGCGUUACCCUUCGAAACUGUUAUCACCUCCUCCAGAGAUGACCUUUCCAAGAGAGCUCGCAAGCCUUACACCAUCACCAAGUGUAGAGAGAGCUGGACCGAGCCAGAGCACGAUAAGUUCCUCGAAGCUAUUCAACUGUAUAUUCUCCGCUUUCUUUCUGCUCUUCUUCUUCUUCAUGAUUUUCUCUUCGUUGUUCAAUUUGAAAAUUUGUCGAUGUUGACAACGUUUCCUGUUUGGAAUUGUGUGCUGAUUCCGGCAUGCUUUUUUAUUUGAGGUUUCCGAAUUGGAGGAUUGUGAGCUUUGAUCGCGACUGGAAGAAGAUUGAGGCUUUUGUUGGAUCGAAGACUGUCAUUCAGAUACGCAGUCAUGCUCAGAAGUACUUCCUGAAAGUUGAAAAGAGUGGGACGGGCGAACACUUGCCUCCUCCACGACCAAAGAGGAAAGCUGCCCAUCCAUAUCCUCAAAAAUCUUCGAAAAAUGGUGUAGCACUAGUGACGGAGCCAUUCCAAUCUUCUUCUGUUGAACCGAAAUAUAAUAUAAAGCCAGAUUCCUCUUCUACUCCAGCCAGUUUCAUUUCUGCUACUGCCAUGUCAUCUAGGGCAGAUAACUCUAUCCAGACAGUCAAUUUCUCUCAAGGUGCAGGAGGUUUGAAUUGUGAAAUCACAAAGCAAGUAAUAGAAAACAAUUGUAGUAGCAGCACAGACCGCACUACAAGAGCACGCUUUCCAACCAAGUCAAGCAUCGAGGAACAUAACAGCCUUCAGUUGAGAGUACUGCCAGAUUUUGGUCAAGUCUACAACUUCAUUGGCAGUGUGUUCGACCCGAAAGCCUCAAAUCAUUUGAAGAGGUUAGAACAGAUGGACCAAAUAGACGUUGAAACCGUGCUGUUGCUGAUGAGGAACCUAGCCAUUAAUCUCACCAGCUCUGACUUUGAGGACCAUAAAAGGGUACUCUCAUCGUAUGAUGGUUUCAUGGAACAUGGUUAGAAAUAUAAGAAAGCUUAAAAGUUUCGCUCGUUGGAGAAAAAGAUGGAAAUGGCAGCUGUCAAUACCUAGCUAGUUUUCACCCAAUCAUACCUAAUUGAGCUUCCUCAAUAUUAUUGCACUAGAUAGCCAGUCUUGUAUUAAUAUUGUAUAUUCACCUACCAUCACUUCUCAGUGUAAAAGAGAAUUGAAAAACGUUCUCUAAAUAACUCUACUUUCCAUAAAUUUACUUUCCACUCAUGAUGUCACACCUUGUCCCUUCUAUGACUCCUACUCCUAACCUAGUCCAAAAGAGAGUGAGGAGUGCCAAUACAUCGUCAUAUUUUGACAACAGUUUCCAUCUAACUAAGCUGGACUUAGCCAGAGUUUACACAUGAGCUGAUGUACAGGCCUAAGUUUUGACAUGAAAAUUAUGAUACUCAUUAUAAGAGAUGAUCUAGUGUUUGCCUA